AUGGGUUGUGUCAUUCCCACGCCGGUUUACGGGCGGCCGCGCGAGUACGUGCUGGUCGACUACGCGGCGGCGCCAGCAUGGCUCGCCACCAACCGGUACAUCCUCAGUGGCUACCGAGCAUACUUUUCGUUCCGGCUUUGUCUUGUCUCGAUCUUCCGUCUGCACAACGAGAGCGCCAACAUGUGGAGCCACCUUGCCGCCACCGGCCUUGCUGCUGCUCUUCUCCACGCGCUGGUUGUCCGGAGCUGGGUCUUUGAUCCGGUUGCUCGCGCGGUGGGCGCCGAUGGCCCGGGCGCCGACGUCGUCGCCGGCCACUCGUCAGCCUUUGCCAUCUACCUGGCCGCCGGCGUGGUCGCCUUUGCCGCCUCGGCCAUCUUCCACACCUUUUACUGCACAUCGGCGCCGGUCUCGGCCCUCCUUGCCCGGCUCGACUACAUGGGCAUCGCCCUGCUCAUGUCGGCCGCCUUCAUGCCGGGCAUCCACUUUGGCUUUGCCUGCUACCCGCUCCUCUCCUCGUUUUACCAGCUGCUCAUCACUCUUGUCUCUGCCGCCACCCUCGGCCUUCUCCUCUUUCCCUCCAUCGGCCUCUUCCACCAGGGCUACUACACCCGGCUUGGCAUGUAUGGCAUGUUGGCCGGCCUUGCUGUCGUCCCCAUCUCGCACUGGGUCUACCUCCACGGCUGGGCCGCCGAGGAGGUCUCGCUCAUUCUCGGUCGCAUGCUCAUGGUGUUCUUCUGGCUCGGAGUCGCCGCCGUCAUCUACGUCACCCAGAUCCCGGAGCGCUGGUUCCCGGGCACCUUUGACUACUUUGGCCACUCGCACAUGAUCUGGCACGCCAUCGCCGCAUGGAUCUUCUGGUACCAUCUCAACUCGGCUCUGCUCUACCUCGACUUCCGCUCGCAGCACGCGUGCCCCAAGGGCCACAACCCCAUCGAGUUUGUGGCCAACGCUGCUGACCGCUGACUCACUCCCAAAAACUUGGCCCGUCUUACUGGCUGAGCUACCGGAACAGCGAGUCGUGCUCGUCGCCGUCGCGCCCUGUCGUGUACUCGACGUUGUACUGUGGCGGGACCGCCAUCUGGAUGAACCGCAUCCGGCUGCGCCCGUCGCCGCCCGAGCCCCACCCACCGGCGUACGACGCCAGCGAGUUGUAUUGUCGCCGCCCGCCCUCAAUCACCACCAUGGGAGUCUCAGAAGAGCCGGUGGCUUCGGCGUUAGCAUCAGUCGCGGUCUCGGCCGCGCCAACCGUGCUCGUCUCCUCCGCCGACACUGCUGGCCGGCGUCCUCGCCGCGCGCACCCGCCCGCACCGAGCCCCACCGCAACUGC